AACAGCUGACGCAAAAUUGUCUAUUGUUCAAGAUAAUUCAGUCACUCAUCACCAAAGGUUUUUAUUUCUGAGUUGAGUACAUAUAGCUAAAUCUAUCUGGACGAAUUCAGAAUAUUUGUGCAUGUUGUUAGCUUAUUGUUUGUCUGAAAAUGCUAAAUAGCUAGCUGAAGCGGAUACAUAACUUUAGACACUGGACAACCAAGAAAUAGUGGAAACAAUAAUAGCGGUAAAAAGUUCAGCUCGAAGAGAAGAUUCGUCAAAAUUAAAGACACAGAAUGACGGUGAUGUUGUUUUCCAGCCGAGCAUUUCGAUUUGUCGCCAUGAAAUCUCUUCUCUUUGUUCUCUUAGCGUUCCAUGGCGGGACUAGCGGCCUUCCAGUCGGUCCCCGUGCCCCCGAUGCAGCUUCUGGUUCGUCCGUGGACGGCUCCGUCUACGUGCACCGCGAAGGGGAGGGUACACACGGGGGAGAGGACGGCGCGUCCAAGUACCUCCACAUGGGCCAAGACCCCAAGCCAGCCACUGUUGAUGGAUCCCCUUUCUUGGAGACCAAAGUAAAAGUGCUAGUUUCCGGCGGCGAGGUAUUUCCUAAACCUGCCAGCCCCGGACUUGCUCGCCGACGCCAUCUGCUGUGGUUCGGCUUCGGCGGUGGUGAUGAUGACAAAGAUGAACAAGAAAAUCAGAACGAAGCGGGAGAGAAGAAAGUAACACAGGAAGGGCCGGACCAGCACGAGGAGAAGACGGAAGAGAAGGCAAGGGUGGACGGGGAGAAAAAGCUGGGGGACGGAGAGGGGACGUUCAAUGAGGAGGCAGACGAUAGCUUGGAUGACGCCGACCACAUCUGGCACGAUGACGACCAUGAAGAGCGCGACGACGACACCGAGGAUGAUAAUGAAGAUGGGUAUUACAGCGACGGUGCUAGUGAGCAUGACGACGAUCACCAUGACACUGACGAUGGAAUUAUCUACACGCACGGCAAGAUUUUAAAAGUUGCCAAGAGCCUGCUUAACGAGUACCAACUGAAAAGCUUAAACAUAAAGGAGGAAUUGACAGACGUGAAGGGACGGGAGAAAGCAGCUGAGAGGCUGGAAUCAGACAUAGACACCGAGAUCGACCUGCUGAUGAAGCGAGCAGGAGACACGGACGCCGAGGAUGAGGGUAACGGAGAAGUCAAGAAGCUGGAAUUCUUGGAGAGAAUGAUGGGCGCCAAGAAAGACGCCAAGAAACGAGUCAAGGACAUCCUGACGGGACAUAACGUCCACUUUGAUAAAGACGACCUCUGAGCGUCAGUUUCAACAGCGGGAGGACUUCUGCUUAUAGAAUUCAACUUAAACGAACGCUAUGCUGAAGUUGCUUCCGUCGUUGCGAGGGCGGAUUUAAAAUGGUUUGUUCCGUCCAAAAGUUCCUUUCCUGA